ACAGGAGGCAGUUUCAUAUCGCAGCUACAACUUGGGCCAGCGAGCACACACCAGGACUGCGUGCCAAGGGAGCACUGGCUGAUACACAACCAUUUCAGCUGCAUUCAUCCCUUUUCCUCCCAUGAGGAGUUCAGGGUUAUGUGGCUGGGGACUUCCUGUCAAUCAGGGGGUUGUUGAUCAGACACCAUCUUUCAUAACUGGGGAAUGCAUUAUCGAUCUCAUUGUUAUUAUGCUCCUUCCUUUCUAGCUGGACCAGCUUUCCCUAUGGGAGCCAACUCGGGAAACCUAUCAGAACCUGGGUGAAACCAAGUAAGAUCAGCUAGACCUGGACUAGUGCAACACCUCUAUUAAAAACUCCAGGCAAUAUCUUCUGGAUGGCGUGGCAAGCCGACCAUCAGUAAGGGAAGCAGCAAUGCCCUGACACCAGAAGUGGAACGCAGUUUCCAGGCUAAACAGCAAAAUACACUUAAACCAUGGAGUCCAACCAAGAAUCCUCGCUCUUCCUUGUGAAGAUCUUGGAGGAGCUGGACACAAAGCAGAAUACAGUUUCUUACCAGGACCUCUGCAAGUCCCUGUGUGCGAGGUUUGAUUUAUCCCAGUUGGCCAAGCUCAGAAGUGUGCUGUUUUACACUGCUUGCCUGGAUCCUAAUUUCCCAGCGACUUUGUUCAAAGACAAAAUGAGAUGCACUGUAAACAAUCAGCAAUCAAAGAAAAUCAUGGUUGCAGCAGAUAUAGUAACAAUAUUCAACCUCAUACAAAUGAAUGGGGGAGUGGCCAAGGAGAAGCUUCCAGUUGCAAGGCAGAAAGUGAAGAAGAAAGAGUCCUUCGAGUCCUGUAGAUCUGACACAGAAAUCUGCAACGUGGCAGACUGCGUGCCCAACUGCGAGCUGAAUGACCAGGAGUUCAACCAGGGCUUUCCAGUCAGAAGGUCCUCAAAAUGCAGAAAGAUGGAUUGCAAAGACUGUCAACAGUUUGUCCCCUCGUCAGAACCCAACUUUUUACUUGGUGUUAAUAAGGACUUGAAGGGCCGGGCUGCCUCUCUGGACAGGCUGCAAGCACUGGCAUCCUACUCCAUCGCCACAUCUCCACCAUGCGAGAUGCAGAGUACAUACUUCCCCAUGAACAUUGAAAAUGAAUCAGACCAGGACUCUUUGCCUAUACAUGCAGGCAUAAAAGAAACUUUCAUUUCAAAUGACGAGCCAUUUGUGAUGCAGUCGUGUGUCCAGAAAAGAAAUAUAUUCAAAGAAGAUUUUCAUAAUCUGAUUACAAUAUCUCCCAACUUAAUACCGGCCAGCAAAAAGCCAGAAGAUGGACACAGAGAGCCUAAGAACAGGAAAGAAAGCUCUAAGCAGACUUUCUUCAACCACAGCUUUGAAAUGCCAUACAGCAGCCAGUACUUGAAUCCAGUUUAUUCUCCUAUACCAGACAAAAGACGAGUGAAGCAUGAAAGCUUAGAUGAUCUUCAAGCUUCAACGUAUUUUGGCCCAACUACUAUUCUCGGGCCACAGGACACCAAAAAGUGGACUGGAAAGCCAGCCAAGCAAACUGCCUGGCCAGCUAAAAGCUGGAGUUUAAAUACUGAAGAGGUACCUGACUUUGAACGAUCAUUUUUUAAUAGGAAGCAGUCUGAAGAGAAGCUGCGAUACCAGAGUUCAAACAACCCAUCUCCAAACUUUCCUUCAGCUGACAGGCAUCAGUCCUACUUAAACCCGAAGGAUCCGCAACCAAUUAUGCAGGCAAACUAUGCUGUGAAACCAAAUGGGCAUAAACCCAAAGAAAUCCCUUCCAUUCUAGACGUGGAGAAACAUGAGCCAGUCAAAAAGUUUAAGGAUAAAAGCAUUAACUGUACUUCUGUUCAGAUCUUAAGCAUUGACAGGACCACAAGUGUUGGGACACAGACGGAGCAGCAAGUUCUAGACCACAAGAAAUGCAAGGACUUGUGUGCAGCGGGCCAAGCCAAGUAUGGAGAGCGGCACUCUCUGAAGCACUCAGACGAUGACUCUGAGAUUGUGAGUGAUGACAUCAGUGACAUUUUCCGGUUUUUGGAUGACAUGAGUAUCAGCGGGUCCACGGGAGUGAUGCAGUCUUCGUGCUACAACAGCACCGGUUCCUUGUCUCAGAUGCACAAAUCAGACUGUGAGAGCUCACCUGAGCACAAUUUGACUAAGAUCUCCAAUGGGAGUGCCUGUAACAAAUUGGAUAAAGUGGCCCGGGCAGAUGCCAGUAACACAGAUGAUGAACUAAAAACGAGUGUCUGCAAACUGGUUUUGAGGAUUGGUGAAAUAGAGAAGAAACUGGAAUCUCUCUCAGGCGUCCGAGAAGAAAUCUCCCAAGUCCUGGGAAAACUAAGCAAGUUGGAUCAAAAAAUCCAGCAGCCAGAGAAGGUCAGUGUACAAAUAGAUCUCAAUUCUUUGACAAGCGAGGCCGCGUCGGAUGAGAGUAACUCCCCGCAGAUAUUUCAGUGUCACAAUACUCCUCAUGGAGGCAAACUGGAGAAUAAUCCAGAAUGGUGCUGCUCAGAUGCCAGUGGAAGUAAUAGUGAGAGUCUUCGAGUAAAAGCCUUAAAGAAAAGUUUGUUUACUAGGAGGUCAUCCAGAUCAUUAACAGAGGAAAACAGUGCAACGGAAUCCAAAAUAGCAAGUAUUUCAAACUCUCCCCGAGACUGGAGAGCUAUUACUUACACCAACCAAGUUGGCAUUACGGAAGAGGAGAUGAAAGAGAGAGAUGGAGGAGAAAAUAAGGACUGGCACAGGAAAUCUAAAGAGGCAGACAGGCAAUAUGAAAUCCCUCAGCCACAUAGACUCUCUAAACAACCAAAAGAUGCAUUCUUGAUUGAACAAGUCUUUAGUCCUCAUCCCUACCCUGCAUCACUCAAGUCACACAUGAAAAGCAACCCACUCUACACAGACAUGAGGUUGACAGAGCUGGCUGAAGUGAAACGUGCCCAGCCAUCAUGGACCAUAGAGGAAUACACGAGGAAUUCGGGGGACAAAGGCAAGAUUGCAGCAUUGGAUCUACAAACUCAAGAAUCUUUAAACCCAAACAACUUAGAAUACUGGAUGGAAGACAUUUAUACUCCUGGCUAUGAUUCCUUAUUAAAACGCAAAGAAGCUGAGUUCAGAAGAGCAAAGGUUUGCAAGAUCACUGCUCUGAUAGCAGCGGCAGCUUGUACGGUCAUUCUGGUCAUUGUAGUUCCUAUUUGUACAAUGAAAUCCUGAACCUGCGGACAGAGCCGUGACUCCCAGCCGUGUGCAUCUCAGAUAGCUCAUGCUGUGUUUCAAAUGUCUGAUGGCAAAACUGUAAGGAAUUUACUAAGGAAGAAUGUUCCGAGGAUAAUCCUGAUGGUGAAUGCAGUAAAUGUAGGCAAAACACAAAACAACUGAAGGGAAACAUCUUUUGUUUUGGAAAAGUAUGAUUUUAAAUAACAGACUGCGGUGGAGUUAAUGGGAACUCAGUUCAAUUUUUAUGCAUUUUUAAAAGUGCAAUAUUUUUUUUUUUUCCUAAAGAACCAAUAUAAUGUUUUACAGAAUCAGAGGCUGAUGAGAAUCCAGGCAAAAGAGGAAUGUUGUCUGAGCUAUGUUGCAUUUAACGGAGGUGUGCGUACAUGGAGGUAGCACUGUAUAGAAGGGAAUGUUCUAUAUGCAUUACAUCGGGGAGUUAGGGAAGUCUUAAAGCUGUCUACAAUGUAGAAAACUCUGAAUGUAUUGUAUUUAUGUAUUUCAUGAUCAUUUGAUUGAAAGCAGACUGUGUAGCCAUGAACAGAGUUCGUUCCUAUGUUCAGAUUAAAAAGGGCUCUUUGUAUUUGGUCUUGCCCUAAGACCCACUCUAUCAUCACUGAGUACUUAGAUAAGUGCAAUGUGCUGCAGACCAAAAAGAUUAUGUUUUAAAGCAAUCACAAGAGGUUUUAGUUGCUUCUGUUGAAUAACAUUUGCAUAGAGCCGGCAAACUUGCCUUGCCAAAAGGAUAUUCUUUACCUCCGCAGACAGUGAAAUCGUCUCAAUUUCACUCCUGCCAGCAAGCAAAGCUGGCAAAUCAAAGCAACGCUUGGUUAAAGCUCUUGGAAAUGUAAUCUGAACAGUUAUAAUUUUUUUCACAAAGUCUUUGUGCCUUUUUUUUAGACUGUAGAUUAAAUAGAACUGUUUAAUUUUGCUAUUUUAAGCCCAUAACAUAAAUCACAGCAUAAUGGAUACUAAUGGACGUUCUUUUCCCGCAAGCCUUCUAUACAGUUCAGAGUGCUCCUCAAACAGCAGGGCUGGUGGUUGCUGAGCACUUAUAUUAGGGGCACAAUUUUUCAGCACUAGUGCAAACUUGCUGUUAAUGCAAUGCAUUCAGCAUGGGGAGAUCUUCUAUUUCCCUUUUGCUAAUGUACUUAAGGAUGAUGGUUGACUCUACUGGACAUCAGGCAGUCUGUAUCCCAUGGGAAAUGUCCAUUUGAUACUUUAUCCCAAAUGCAAAUAGCAGGUUCAAAGGAAUUCUCAAGGUACGACAGAAAUUACCUGCCAUAGUUAGUGAAACAAAUACCCAGACAGUAUUAUUCUUCUGUCAAGUAUAAAUGAAAACAAAAAAUAAAGUAAAAAAAGUAUAUAUUUUCAGGCGAUAACAUGAUCUUGCUGGUCCUGUAAGGGAAAGGAGAUUCUUUUAGUGAAUGCUUUUUAUGUAGGGUAGUUUGGUUUCUUCAGAAGCAGCCUCCCUAUGCGAUGACACAGCAGCUAGGAAAGCAUCGGAUGCUCAUUCCUCCAGCUUGCUCUUUGUUUCUGGCUGGUUUAUAAAAAGUAGUGAGGAAAGCGAAGGCUUUGUUGUGACUUUAGAAGUGUGUCAGUUCUUUCCUGCAGCUGGAGAGCUGUUUAUGCGCUGCUCGUGUGCUGUAUUUGAGUUAGAUUUAGGUGAUCCCUGUUGAUCUAUCAGAAAAACAAGUGUAAGCACAAGGUCGGGUGUCCCAUCAGCAAACACAGAGCAAGGAGAAACCCCUAGACCAAAAGCUGCCCCUGCCUGGCCUGAAUCCUGACCCAAAUUCUGUAGCUUUGGCCCAUUCCUAACACCAAGAUUAUUUCUCUUUCCUCCCAGAUGCUGCAGGAUGAAGUCACAGCAGGGAGGGAGCAGUUCACACUGUCUAUUUUAGGCUGCCUUUGGUUAUGGUGUGAUUCAGAGCACCUGAGUUUAGAAGCUCAGGAUCCAUGCGUAGUAAAUAUAGACAGGUAGAGAAACCUCGAGGGAUGAUGUGGAGAUGCCAGCAAGAUAUCUAAUAUUAGACAUGUGAAUACGCUCCGGAACGUAUUGCUCUGCAGUUUACCUUAUGCACAAUUUAGGUUGAUAAUAUAUGUAAAAAAAUCUAUUCCUGGUUCCAGGUAACAUCAGAAAAUCUUUCUACACCCCUUCCCUGGCCUGGCGACAGGAAGCACUAGGGGCUGCCAGAAAUAACAGUGUGCCCUGUGUUGGCACAGUCCCAGUCCCCUGUCUGCCUGCACCAGCAGUGACAAUUCCUUUGGAGGGGCAUGAUGAAUGCGGGACAGCCCCCCUGCCUUCACCAAUCCCCCUCUGCUAGCACGAGCAGUUUGACCCUGCUGCCCCCAACCUGAAAUCAGCAGCAUUUCCUCUGCUGCAUCUCAGUAAUCUGAUUUUAGAAAAUAUCUGAAUACCUAAGUGGAGAUGUGAGAAGGGUGCAGUGGAUGUUAUUGAUUGCAGGGACAGGCUGGGGCUGUGCUUGCACUGAUGCAUUAGAGAUGUAAUGGCCCCUGUUUUGUCUGUGCAGGGAUUUUUCUUUUGUCUGUGCAAGAAUCAUCCAGCUGGCACCAGAUGAGUCUUUGCAUUAGAGGUGCCCAAAAUCCUGGGAAGGAUUUGGCAGGUUAUGGAGCUGUGGGUGAUGUGGAGCUGGCCCAGCCCAAGCACUCAGCAUCCCAGGCAUCCAUGCUGCUCUUAAUUUAUCAAGGUGCUUUUGCCCAUCUUAUUUUGCACAAGCAGCUAGUGGCACCCACCUCCAUCAGGGCAGUGGUUUCCCUACGUGCCAGACUGCGAUUUGUCAUGGAUCUCCCUCUCGGGGCUUGAUCUCCACAGUGCCAGGAGCCCAAGGGGAGUGGGGAAAGCAGAGCCUGGCUCCCUGCCUCCCUGCUCCAAGAAUACCUCUGGGAGCCACUGCUCGCCUUCUCCUCUGCUCCCUGUCUGCCUCUGGCACCACUGGGAUGUGCAUCCCUUGCCAUUCCCAGUGGGUUUUACAUCUGGCACAGAGCUCUUCACUUAAAAACAGGUAAAGACAUGGAGCAGUGGGAUGCUGCUGCCGGAGGAGAGCAGCCUGGGAAGGAGGGACCCUGUGGUUCUGCACAGAGUGUACAAGCUAGGUGAAAUCCUGACAAUAUUAACCUGCAAGAAUAUUGUGAUCAACCUUGUGAACCAGUUACCAACUAGAAUAUAUUGUAUACUAUAUGAUAGACUUUUGUAUUAAAAAGAAAUAAAUUAAAGCUAUAGGUACAUUGUAAUCCUUGAUGUGAUUGAAAAAAGUGUCCUAGAUUGUAUUAAUUAAAAUAAUGAUGAGCAUAUUGAACUGUUUUUCAUAUUUAUGCCUUAUAAACUUGAUAUAUUACACAUGAUAAAAUGAAACUACAAGAAUUAUUAAAAAGGUACUCCAUUUUUGAGGGCAAAUCCCAUUUGCUUUUCCUAAAACAAGAGUGCUGCUUGAACUGAGCUCAAUAAAUAGCGUAUGCAGAAGAGCAAGAGCAGGAUCUGUCCCCAAAUAACUUUUUAGGACUUUUUUUUUUUAUUGGGGCUUUGUUUAAUGUACUAUGUAAUAAUUUUAUUUUAUAAAGUUACUGUACAACGUUGCCGUUUGGUUCAUUUAAAUAUAAUACCAAAUAAACUUGAACAUUUCAGCGUCCUAAGUUUUAAUGGAACAGUUAUAAUAA